AUAUAGAAAUAUCCUCUUGAGCCAAAUGAUUCUAGAAAAAAAGCUUUCGCCCCUCCUCCCUUGUUUAUCCUCCUUGCCUGGGACUCACACUGCAGCUUUUCAAAAGAAGCUCGAUUAAGAAAUACGUCUGUUGUCAUCUUAUUGCCACAUCAUCCUGCAAAUGCCAAUGAUGUGUCCACCCAUUUGAGUUCUUUAAAAAGCAGAUGCAGGAAAGGCAAAGCUUUUGCCUGUCUGCUGCCAGGAUGGGAGAAACAAAUCCAGCGAGAAACUCCAAGUGUUCCUAUUUCUUCCUACUUGGCUUCAUUGGUUCCCUCCUCCUUCAAUCUGCAUCGGGUCGCGAGCUGGUGUUUGUGCUCUUAAUUUAUCGGCAUGGUGACAGAAGCCCUAUUGAAGUCUAUCCUAACAGCCUACACAAUGAAAGUGCCUGGCCACAGGGAUUUGGACAACUGACUAAGAUUGGAAUGCAGCAGCAGUAUGAACUUGGAAAAUACAUAAAGAAGAGGUACUCAAACUUCCUGAGUGCUGAAUAUAAACGAGAAGAGAUUUUGAUCCAGAGUACCGAAAGUGAUCGAACCAUUAUGAGUGCCCAAGCAAAUCUUGCUGGUAUGUACCCUCCUACUGGUGAUCAAAUCUGGAAUCCUAAAAUCCUGUGGCAACCCAUCCCGGUGCAUGUUGUACCAAAGGAAAGAAAUCCGAAAUUACGUUAUCCAAUUUUAAAUUGUCCACGCUACCUGGAACUUCUGAAGGAAACGAUGCAUUCUAGUGAAUUCCAGGCCAAAAUUCAACCUUACAAGGAAUUUAUAAAAACCAUAGGUUUAUAUUCAGGAUAUGACCCUCAAGAUCUCACCAAUUUGGUCAACUUCAAAAUCUGGCAUGUACAGGAUACUUUAUUCUGUGAGUCUAUUCACAAUUUGACACUUCCUGUGUGGGCUACUAAAGAGGUGAGGGCAAAACUGGCUGAGCUGACCGUGUUAUCCUUGUCGUCGUUAUUUGGGAUUUACAAAAGAGAAGAGAAGGCGCGGCUGCAAGGAGGUCUUCUUGUGAAAAAUAUUCUAGAAAAAAUCUCCAGGGCUGCUAAAGGUUCAGAAAAGAGGAAAAUGUUCGUCUAUUCUGCACACGACACUACACUUGGUGCCUUGCAGAUGGCACUCAAUAUCUACAACGAAAAGCUGCCACCAUAUGCAGCUUGCCAGUUUUUUGAACUGUAUCAAGAAGAUAAUGGAGAGCAAACCGUUGAAAUGUAUUUUCGGAAUCACACUAUGAAGGACCCCUAUCAACAAACUCUUCCAGGUUGCUCAUCUGCGUGUCCCCUGCCAAAGUUUGCUGACCUGGUUUCUCCCAUCCUAGUAGACGACUGGGCCAAUGCAUGCGGGAAGGUAGAAAAAAGAAAAGGAAAAUGUUCCCAAGAAAAUGAGCAAGCUUUGUGAAAGAAAGAAAGAAAGAAAGAAAGAAAGAAAGAAAGAAAGAAGAUGCCUAACUGGAAAGAAGCAUGAUGGAAGAGUAAACUGAGCUUCUGGAACACCUUGAAAUGUGAUGCUGCACAAAUCGCAAAUGUAAGGGUCUCUUUUUAAAGGCUGCAUUGGAUUAAUAAUAAUAAUAAUAAUAAUAAUAAUCCCGCUGCCUGAUAACACUUCAAUAAUAAAGAUUGCUUUAAAUAAAAAGCUGGGAUUUUGGAGUUCACCUAUUUCAAAGUGCCAUCUGUUGGAGUUUGCAUGGGCAGCAGGAUUUUCCUUGUGUAGCUGGUUGUUGCUGUUUUAAUGCCAGGCUGCUUCUAGGUCCCUUGGGAGACGCUGUGUCUCCUUGCCCUCUUCCAACCGAGAGCAGGGGUGUUUGGUCCAGUGUGUCGUUUCUGAACAAGUGGCUUCCAUGUGGGGAAGGACAUUCGUGUGGGUUCUGCUGCAGAGCGUGGGCAGGCAGCAGGAGAGAUCAGGAGGGGAAGCCACUUUGAGAAGGAGCAGCUUGCACCCUGAACCCAAAGGCACCCCACCCCUAACUUCUCCUGGGAAGAUACAGUCAGCCCAGUGCGUCCAUCUUCUCUCCUCCUAGGCCUUUUCACUGCUUCUCCUUCUUGCUUCCCAACCUCUUUCUUCCUGCCUCUGCUCAUCCAACACCCCACCCUCUGACAGUCCUGGAUCCCUCUGGGUCACCUCACCUGACCCACAGCAAUUCGGAGCUGCCUCCAUCUGAUUCAGGUGAACCAUGGAUCCCCCAGAAUAGGCCCCAUUCAGUUCUGGAUUCAGCCCAGUCUAGUGCACCACCACCAUGUAUACCUUACUAGUGAGAUAAAUAUUUGCAUCCAGCCAUCUGUUACAUGACAGGCACUGAAACUCCCUGGUCAACAUCACUUCUGACUCCCUGUGUUCAGUUUCUGCCAAAGGCUAACGUCAACAUGGUCCACUGAUGGUUGGCUCUGCUUUGGCAAUGUGAUGUAUCUGAGCUUUUUAACAUUCUUUUGCUCAAUGAACACUUAAUCUACGGAGCUAAUGGUAUUGUACUGUGCUGAUGCAGAAUUAGUAUUUAUCAAUAAACACAUCAAAGGCACAUUAGAGUUGUUUUAUCCCAGUUUCUUAAUGAUGAUCAUUGACCAUGAUAACAAAGGUUAGAUUUUCUAAGAAAAUGCCUGAGAUUUUUCAUGUUCUGUCCCCAAAAGAGAAAAGUCCACUUUGCAGAAUUUUCUCUUACUACUCUCCACUAUUUUUUGUGACAGCAGCCACCCU